ACUAUUUUUUCUACAAAAUUAGUCAAACUUAGAGUAGUUUGACUUUGACCAAAGUCAAAAUGUCUUAUAACCUGAAACGGAGGGAUUACUAUAUAUGUUUCUACUUCUCUAUAUAUGCCUCAGUUCCCUACUAUAAAUGAAAUCAGAACUGACCAGUGAUCACAUAUACUACAGUUGGCCCUCAUCAUGGCUCUCCUCAUUUAUGUAGUGCUCCUGUUCUCCCUAUGCAUCUCAGCAAAUGCUGCCAUGACGGACACCAUCUCAAUGGGCAACGCAUUGGGUAGAAAGGACAAGCUCGUCUCGAAAAAUGGCAGGGCCAAGCUUGGAUGGGACAAGGUUACCGGCCUAAACCGUCGUAUUAUCUCAUGGAAGAACUCAAAGGACCUAGCUGCUGGUGUAUAUUGUAAAGAGUUAGACCCUAGUGGUGUUGAUCAGUCCUUGCUUACACCAUUGAAUUCCUUCACACCGUAUUGGUCUAGUGGCCCAUGGAAUGGGGAUUACUUUGCUGCGGUCCCAGAGAUGGCAAGCCAUACUGUUUUUAAUUCAACAUUUGUUCACAAUGACCAAGAGAGGUACUUUACAUAUACUUUGGUAGAUGAAAGGACUGUUAGUCGUCAUAUAGUGGACGUUGGAGGUCAAGCCAAGACGUUCCUUUGGUAUGAGGAUUUGCAAGAUUGGGUAAUGAACUAUGCCCAACCUAAAUCUCAAUGUGAUGUCUAUGCAGUUUGUGGGCCUUACACAAUUUGCAUCGACAACGAGCUUCCAAAUUGCAAUUGUAUAAAGGGCUUCACAAUAACAUCACAUGAGGAUUGGGAACUAGAAGAUCGAACGGGUGGAUGCUCAAGAAAUACUCCGAUAGACUGCACUAACAAUAAAAACACAACUCAUUCUUCAGAUAAGUUCUAUUCUAUGACAUGCGUUAAACUGCCCCAAAACGAACAGAACAUAGAAAAUGUUAAAAGUUCAAGUGAGUGUGACCAGGUUUGCUUGAAUAAUUGCUCUUGCACUGCUUAUUCCUUCAGCAAUGGUGGAUGCUCUAUUUGGCACAACGAAUUACUUAACAUAAGAAAAAGUCAAUGUAGUGACAGUAGCAAUACAGAUGGAGAAGCCCUUCACAUACGUCUUGCCGCAGAAGAAUUGUAUAGUAAAAAAGCCAAUAAAAGAGUAAUGGUUAUUGGAGUGGUUAUUUCUGCAAGUUUUGCUUUAUUAGGUUUGCUACCACUGAUCCUGUUAUUGCUGAGACGGAGGAGUAAAACAAAGUUCUUUGGUGACACUUUGAAAGAUUCUCAGUUUUGCAAUGGGAUUAUUGCAUUUGGAUACAUUAAUUUGCAACGCGCAACUAAAAAUUUCUCAGAGAAGCUCGGGGGAGGUAACUUUGGUUUUGUAUUCAAGGGGUCUCUAAGUGAUUCCACAACUAUAGCAGUGAAAAGGCUUGACCAUGCAUGCCAAGGAGAGAAGCAAUUUAGGUCCGAAGUGAGCUCAAUUGGAAUCAUCCAACACAUCAAUCUAGUUAAACUAAUCGGUUUCUGUUGUGAGGCUGGCACGAGGUUGCUUGUUUAUGAGCACAUGCCAAAUCGUUCUCUUGAUCUCCAAUUAUUUCAGAGCAAAACUACAAUAACUUGGAACAUUAGGUACCAAAUAGCCAUUGGAAUUGCUAGAGGACUAGCCUAUUUACAUGAAAACUGCCAAGAUUGUAUCAUACAUUGUGAUAUUAAACUAGAAAACAUCCUUCUCGAUGCUUCAUUCAUUCCAAAAAUUGCAGAUUUUGGGAUGGCAAAGCUUUUGGGAAGGGAUUUUAGCCGAGUUUUGACUAUGGUGAGAGGCACCGCAGGUUACCUUGCACCUAAAUGGAUUAGUGGUGUUCCUAUUACACUAAAAGUUGAUGUUUACAGCUAUGGGAUGGUCUUGCUAGAAAUAAUAUCAGGAAGGAGGAACUCACGUACCUCAUGUUCUUGUGGCGGUGAUCAUGAUGUUUAUUUUCCGGUGCUUGUAGCCCGUAAGCUUCUUGAUGGAGAUAUGGGUGGUUUGGUUGAUUAUAGAUUAGAUGGUGAGAUCGACAUAAAGGAGGCUGAAAUAGCUUGCAAGGUAGCGUGUUGGUGCAUUCAAGACAAUGAGUUUAAUCGACCAACAAUGGGAGGUGUGGUUCAGAUUCUCGAGGGUCUAGUUGAAAUCAACAUGCCCCCAAUGCCAAGGCUCCUUGAAGCAAUUGCUGCUGGAAGCUCAAAUCUGACAUGUUCCUUAGCUUCUUUUGUAUGAAAUAUUUCAGCUCAAGAAUCCCUUUAAAUACGUAUAGUUCCUUUUGAUACAAAUAUAUGUAUUGAGUGACAGACAUAUUGUUUGCAACUAUUAUAUUGUUCUAGGACUACAAGGGGAUUUGGAAUUCCUACCAUCUUCCUUGUCUCUCUCUCUCUCUCUCAAUUGAGUUGUUUAUCACCUACUUUUGAUAUAUUCUACCAUUUUGCUAUCCAUUAUUUAGUAGAAAUUUGGGUGGGCAGAUCUAACAAACAUCUGAUCAGGAUCUGCUCCAUGAUUCAUGCAAUAGUGAGAUCAAUGGCAAGGUCAUUACGUUGCGCCCUUGUGGCCACGUUUGAACCCUAGUCUUAAUUCUAAAUCUCAUCGUUUUGCGGUUUUGCUAAUGAUGCUAGGAAGUAAUAAUAUAUUCCUUCUCCUUGCACCUUUUUAUAUUAAAUUUCUCCAUAGUGUCGUAAGAAUAAGGGAAGCACCAUUGGCGUAGUGAUAUAGUCAUGGAUGCAUGACUUCGGACCCCAUUAGGAUUCAAAUCCUAGUGCCCACAAAUAUAGUUGUGUGCAUCAUUAAUUGGUGCAGAGGCUGAAAGUUAUACUUUAUUUUUCUAAAGAAAUUCCAAGAAUGAGUGACAAUAUCAUUCGAAAAGAGUUGCAUUUGUUUUCUCUACAAUUGGGGGAUGGUACAAUACCAGAUAUCAUAGGCACAAAUGAACAAUUUAUGAUGACUCCAAGAUACUCUUUUUAAAAGAGGUCAUGAACAAUAUCCACUAACAGCAAGAAGUGUGGGAUGAGAGGUUAAGAAUGUCUGAUGAGGAUAUAGUUGGAUUUUAACUAUAACUUUUUGUAUGGAAGAGCUUUUAAGGAGCCCAGUUGGCUUUCCUAUAGGUUUUUAUAGGAAGAUGUGGGCACACAUAAAGGAGGUAGUGAAGGAGAUGCUAGAUGAGCUUUAUGAAGGAGAGCUAGAGGUGAAAAGACUUAACUAUGGAAUUAUAGGAAUUAUAUCUUUAAUCUGCAUGAUAAAAUAUGUGUGAUUGAACAAUACGGACCAUUUGUUUGCUAGAUAUUGUCCUUAAGAUAUGAUGAAAGAAAAGUGUAUAAAUGGAACACUGUAGAUUUCUGACAGAUGUAUGGGCUGAUAAAAUAUCCCCAAGAGUAAAUAGUCCGAACUUAUAUAGAAUCCAGCUUGGACACAAUGUAAGGAGCUUUUUAAUGAUGGCGAUUGGUGAGUGGAAGUUAGAGUUUAGGAGGAACCCAAGUGAGGCUGACAAAAAUGAUUUGAUAGAGUUGCUAGAUGUAAGGCAUGAUGGGGAGAGUGUAAGGUGAUAUGGACAACUCUGGGGAAUAAAAAAGAUCUAUACAAUUAACAAUGAUCCCUGCACAGGCAGAUUACCUUAGGAGGUGUAAUUGGCUCUGAAAUGAAUCUGAUUUGGUUGAGUAGAAUUCCCAUGAAGAUUAAACAAUUCUUUGUACCUAACAAUAAUGGGCAGAAUCCCUUGUGCGGCUCAACUGGUUAAAAAUAAACUGAAAGGGAGGGACAUAAUUAAGCUUCUAAACUUUAUCAUAAACCUGAAACUGUUAAUCAUAUCAUCUUUUAAUAUCGUUUAGCUGUUUUUUUUCCUUAUUAGAGAUUUUUUUGUUCGAAUUGCGUGUUUUGUAAAAUGCAGAAAUUUUAGAGUUUGGUGUAAUUAAAAUUUUGAAGGCUUUGCUUGGUUUGAAGGGGAUUGAGGGGGAAUUCUUAAGAAGAAGAAGAAGAGGGAGGAGGAGGAGUUAGAGGAUGCAAUGUAAGUUUUAUACCCUGCAAAUAAUUUAAAAUCAAACUCAAUUGCAUUUGCAGAUUUAAAACAUAUAUACUU